GGCAGCGGCGCAGGAGCCCGCGGGCGGCCGCGCAGGAUGCGCGCUCGGGCGCCGCCGCCUCCCCGCCCCGCCGCCGCCGCCGCCGCCAUGGCGGUGCGGAGCCGCGGCGCUUGGCGGCGGCUGCUGCUGCUGCUGCUGCUCCUGGCCGGCUCCGCCGCCAGCCCGGCGGAGGAAGGCGGCGGGCGGCGGGAGGCGGGCGGCGGGGAGCACGGCGAGGAGGCGGCGCGGCCCCACCACCACGACUCCUCGUACGGCACCUUCGCCAGCGAGUUCUACGACCUGCGCUACCUCUCCGAGGAGGGUUACCCUUUCCCUACUGCUCCUCCUGUGGAUCCAUUUGCAAAAAUCAGAGUGGAUGACUGUGGAAAAACCAAGGGAUGCUUCAGGUACGGUAAACCUGGGUGCAAUGCAGAGACUUGUGACUACUUUCUAAGUUACCGUAGAAUAGGAGCCGAUGUUGAAUUUGAGUUGAGUGCCGAUACUGAUGGCUGGGUGGCGGUGGGAUUUUCCUCAGACAAGAAAAUGGGAGGAGAUGAUGUCAUGGCUUGUGUUCAUGAUGAUAAUGGAAGAGUCCGAAUACAGCACUUCUAUAAUGUCGGUCAGUGGGCUAAAGAAAUCCAGAGAAAUCCUGCUAGAGAUGAAGAAGGGGUUUUUGAAAACAAUCGUGUAACAUGUCGAUUCAAGCGUCCUGUAUAUGUUCCCCGAGAGGAAACCAUCGUAGAUCUGCACUUGAGUUGGUACUACCUGUUUGCCUGGGGUCCAGCAAUUCAGGGUUCUAUAACUCGUCAUGAUAUAGACUCACCACCCGUAUCAGAGCGUGUUGUCAGUAUUUACAAGUAUGAAGAUAUUUUCAUGCCAUCAGCUGCCUAUCAGACCUUCUCUUCUCCAUUCUGCUUGCUCCUCAUUGUUGCACUGACCUUCUAUUUACUGAUGGGAACCCCAUGACUGAUGGAAGAUAGCAAGAAUUUGUCAGUGGAAGUUUCUCAGGAUGGACAGCUAUACAGAUGGACGAUGCAUUUUUCUAUUGGAAUUUAUAUCACACCACCAUCCUCAUCUAGCUGCUUUUGAACAUAGUUAGCUUCUCAGGAGAAUGAAAUAACCAUCUCCUUUGAGUGGCAGAGUGAUGACAAAUCAUUUAAGAAUGAUCAGUGAACACAUACAUAGGAGAAUAUUUUCAGUGUUGUGACUACUUGCUUGAAGAAAAGGAGACUUUUGUAAAAUCAAUGUGUGUUCGUGUGUAUGUGUGUUUGGGAGGGGUGUCUGUAUGUGUGUUUAGACAAAUUUCAUAAUGGACAUCUCAGAUAACAAAAUUGCCUUCCAAAUUGCUCGCAAAAAGCAAAAUUGGGAAAACCUUAUAAUGCUGUUUGGUACUUCUGGAGCAGACAGCACAACUCCAAGUGCAGUUUCUGAGCUUAAGAUCUGGAUACCAACACAGCAGUAUAAAACCUGCCCUUCAGUAAUGGACAGUUCUCCCUUUUUUUUUUUUUUUUUUUUUUUAAUAUUCAUCAAGGUUUAUUUGCUCUGGUAUUUUCCAAGACUAAACUUGGAUAAUCAAGCAUUAAUAUGGUUUGUUUGUUUGUUUUUUUUUAAUGGAAAAGAGAUGAUGAAUGUCUUUAUAAUAAUAAUGUUUCAACAGCCUUCUUGAAAGAAACGGCUACUACUUUUAUGAGUGAGAUAUAAAGUUACUUGAACAAGGGGAAGGGAGAAUACAGUGAUGUAAAUUCUCCGUACAUAGGAAAACCAGGUGUAAAACAUAAUGAAUAUAGAAGUUCCCAACAAGCCAUAGGAUGUCCUCCCAAAAGAUUAAAUCGAUUUUUCUCUUUUUAUGAAAAAACAGUAAUUUUGCUGACAUGUAAAUACAUUUUUAAGCAGUUGUGUAGUAGUAUGAAGUAAUCUGUUUUUCUGUGUCUUAUGCCUGUAUAUCCUGUUCAUGUUAAAGAUUAAUAUGGGCAGCUGGUGUUAACUUAAAAAGAAACGGAAAUAUAAUUGAGAUUAUUUGCAGGGAAAGAUAAGGUUUAAUAAGAAGACCAGUAUCUUUAGUUUCAUCAAACCAUUGCCAAAAUGUAGUUACAGUGGAAAAAGAUCAGCUAAAGCGGAAAAACAUUAGAUUAUUUUAUCACCAAAUAAAUAUUACCAAGAUGAAUGCUAAAUAUUAUUAUAGAAAUGGAAAGUGUCAAAAUGUAUUUAUGAGCCACAGAAUAUUAUGAAAAACUUUGAAUUCCUGUGAAGAAUUUCUGUUCUUCACGUGACUGGAAGUGUAUGACACAAGUCUACACGUAGCAGUCAAAUGUGCUUAGAUAAGGUUGUGCAUUGACUUCCAAACUUGCAUUAAAAUUCUAUUUAAAUAGAAUUAAGAUUUAAAUUGUGCCAAACUUCUAUCUAAUGUGGUACGUUGAGGACUCUGUAACAGGUUCUGGUAAAGUAUACGAUGGACCUCCUUUCUAUUCUCAUUGCUGCACAGAGUGUAAAAAGAUUAUCUAGCUUUGCUGGGUUUGCAUCAUUAGUCACAGACUGAAGUCUGUAGACUAAUUUUUUAGGCCCAGCAUUCUUCAAACCUAUGCUUAAAGUAUAUGAAUUAGACUGCAAAUGAAUUUAUCUCCAUCACACACGCUUUAUCGCUGAUUUCAAACGAAAGAUUGCUUAGUAAUACAUAUUUUGAUUGAUGUCUUUAAGGAUUUGUUCACUUAGGAUUACUGGACUUGAGUUCAGGAGGGGGAAGAGAAAUUCAGAAUGAAGCGAACUUUAAAAGUACAUAUAGUAGCUUUAGUUGGUGUAAGUUACUUCUCUCAAAUUGGAUAACCUACUCAUCAUCUGAUGAAACAUACAUAGCAGAGACCACCUAAUAAGGAAGGUCUGCUUGGGUUCAUGAUGGCUGUAAAAUUUAGCCUUAAGAUGGGCUGAAGGAGAUAGCUGAAGGAUAAUGAGUUUUAUAUUCAGCAUCCAGGUGAAGUGAAGGAAUCAUUAGGACAAGUUAUUUCUCCUUUGUGCUAAUUUGUAGGCAGCUGAGAUAGCGCAGUUCCUUCUCAGAGAUGACAUCUAUUCAAAGUAACCUCAGGGUUGCUUUAGCUUAUGGCUUUAUAUUUACUAUUUUAAUUUCAGGCACUUACCUGGUUACCCACUAAAGGGCUAAUCUAAUAAUUGAAAGUUACUGAAGUAAGAUAGAAACCCAUCCCGGAUCCUUUUUUCUUCUUUAAUACAGUUCUGGAUUUAGGAUAGCCUGGCUGGCCCCAUGCACGGAAGUAUGUUAAGGAUGCCAAUAAUGAUACCAAGGUAAACGUGCAACACCCGUGGAGCUGUUUUCCACUUGCAUGGAGUCAGACGUGUUUAAAGUUCAGGCUUUAAAGCAACAGCAAAUUCGGAGCAGAGUAGAGCUGCUUAAGGGUGUGUCUGCUGCAAAGUAUAAACUGCUUCAGUCUUCAGCUGUACCCGUGUUCCCAAUUACGGUAAAAAUACCUUCUUUUUUUUUUUUUUCUUUUUCAGUUUACUUGUCAGUGUGGGCUUGGUGUUUUUGUCAUCAUAUUUUUCUCUUCUUGAAGUACUAGCAGAAAUGUGAACUUCUAUAAAAACUUUCACCCAAGCCUCAAAGUACUUAAUUAGCACUAAUGAAGUAUUUCUAAUCAAGUGGAAGGAAAUAAAAGGCCACAACAAGCAGCAAGGCAAUCUAUUUUCUUUAGUGUUUCAACUGAUAGUUAAGUUUAGCACUGAGUUUGUCUGAGCAUUGUUCUUCGGAGUGGAAAAAGCAGGAGUAUCAGAUUCAAGUUGACAAACAAAGAAGGUACAAGUCUUUAUAAAUUACUAGGUGGGAAGAAAUAUGAGAAGAAAAAGGCUGUAAGAGAAAUUAAAAGGCUUAAACUCACUGGUCUAACUUUGCGUGAUACUUGGUAAGUCGUAAUAUUUGAGUGGGUGUAGUAACUUGUCAUGGAAGGUAUGUUGAUUUUCAUGUGUGUUGAGUUUUGUUUUAUUUUUCUUUUUAAAAUUGAAAAGCAGGAUUGAUCCCUGUUACACAGAGUUCCUACAAAGUAGCUUUCUUCAAAGUAAUUGUUCAGUGAUUGUGGCAUUUCAAAUAUUUUUUAAAAAUUUUUCUAAUUAACACUUACCAACACAAACUAGAGGAAAAGGCCUUCUUUAGAAGAGGAGGCAGACAUUGCCUUCUCCAAAUCAAGUAAUUUUUAGUUUCUUUAUGGUGCCUACUAGCAAGCAGCUGUUAAAGAACACAUUUCCAAAGGGCUUUUAUUUUGAGAAUUCCUUGCUGCAGGGUGAUGUAAUACGGAGGCAGCGAGUUUAGAAAGUGCAUGUUUAGAGUAUGAUGUCCUUUGGAAACUUUGCUUAUUUAUUAGAAGGAUAGGACUGGCAAAGACCACAAGGCAUUAAUUAACGUCCUUGAACAUGUUCUUUCCAGGCAGAACUAAACUUAGUUCUGGCCAUUGCUUGUUACAUUAACUUCAUUAUCACCCUCUGCUAAUUCUGUCCAUCUUAUCUAUAAUGUUUUAAACUUUUUAAAGUUUGUAAGUUAGUUGGAAAAGAAAUCAGCUGCUUAUAUUUGUGACAGUGCCUAUUGCAAAGGGACAUUGUUUUUUGACUGUACUGUCUGACUGGUACCCUGCUACAAAUAAUAAGCUAGACCUGAAAUGACAUUAAUAGUAAGUAGGGUAGGAGAGGGGAAAAAAAGUAAGUGGUGAGGACAGACUUUUAAAAAAUAUUUUUUUCCUUUGCUGGAAUUGAAUAACUGUGUAUAUUCUUACGGAUAGGUGAGAUACUCCUAGAUGUUAAUUGAUUCCACCCCCGAAAAGCACAGCUGAUUUGAUAAUGACCUGGGAUACAGGGUGAUGAUUUCUUCAAAAUUCUAUCAUUAUAAGGGAAAUACUUGGGUUUUGAAAGGGGACAUACUGAUGAGAAAAGUUUGAAAUCCCUCCGUGGGUUUCUUGUCCUAGAUUGGGUUUUGCUAUCCAAGGAUUGCAGAAAAUAAACACUUGUGGUCUCCCUUAACUGAGGAAACCCCCAGAUUGGGUUGAAAAUUGUCAAAGCUGUGUUUGUCACUGCUUUUUGCAGUCUUUAACGUAGGGAUUAGAGACUGACUGGAGCGUGGUGUACAUCAGCAAACCCAGGCGGCAGUUCUGAAGCUCGCUCGGGGCACUGUAUUCCGGGCCUGAACCGGGAAGCGGAUCCCUGCAACCGCUUCUCAGCGGCUACUGCGAAAUGGAAAUAACAAACAGCACAACCCAUCCUACACCAAAUCCCUUAAAUACUCCUGUCUGCUUUUGCCAGACUGUAGAUAGUGUUCUUACUGUGAGUGUUAACGUCUAGUCUUCCUCUGAAAAACACCGUGCUCCUUGUCACUAGCCAACGUCCUGUCCCUGUUUCCACAGAUGCCUUAUACUGUUUAGGAAAAUGAUCCUGAGAAGUCUUAGCCCAGCUGUGAAGAGAAGCAAGUGGGUCAGGAGGGCUGACACACAGCUGCCUUUGUGAUUAUCCAGGUCACAAUUAGAAAUCUGUCAUUGAUGAUACUCCAGUUUUCUGUGACUGUUGUAAGUUUAAGGAAAGAGGCAGGUCUCCCUAUUUUUUGUCUGUCUUCUUACUUUCCCAUCCAUCCAGUGCAUCAGACAUUUAUAAAGAAGCGACUUAUUCUCCUUUUAGCGAAUAGACCCUCUGUCAGGUCUUUUUGAUGUUUUCUGGGUCCACUGGAAGUCUGCACCAUGUCAUACUCUAGAGGCAGAAGUAAAGCUUAUAUACAGACUUCAGAACUUUUAUCAGCACGGAAAUUACAUUUUGACUCCUUGGUUUGACACACUGAUGUGUAGCAGAGAUCUCUAUCGUGAGUAUGCUAGUAUUUUAUACAAAGUAUAACUCUGUAUAGAGCCUUAGAUUUAUGAUAGAAGUGGAAGCGCAUUUAAACGUUACAGUUGUGUUGGUGCUUCACGAAGCUGUGUAUGUGCAUAAGCUGCAUGAAUUGGCAUCUUCUACUUCAACCCUGACUCCACAGCAUGUAAUGAGCAGGCUGCUUGAAGGCUACACGGUGAGACACUGGUGACUUCAAAUAGUUUGGGGUAGAAGAGCGGAGGGCCUGUUAGGAAGGCUGAAUGACAAGGAAGGACUGAUGGUUUUGGCACACUUCCUAUUUUUGCCUGAGUUUACACGUGGCAGAACACGUCUGGCACUUUUAAUCACAGGCAAAUAUUACUUGAUGUGAAUAUAAGGAACAGAAUCUGGCUUCAGUGAGAAGUCAGCUUUUAUGCAGGUCCAAGCUGUGUAAGGGCUGAUGUGGGCACAAGGUCAGACUGUGCCUCAAGAUGUGUACUCUCCGAAACUCCAAGGUAAGAGCUAGAGGCUUGAUCUUGCCUUUGGAGGUACGAAAACCUGUCAAGACCCUGUAGAGAGCAGUAAUGGUUGGCUGCUGCAUAUGUAUCUGCUCACUGGCCAUUUUAUAAACAAUUACUGCAGCAGUUGGAGUAUCAAAAGAUGGAGGCUCUACAACUUUUCUUAAUAGCUUUCAAUGUACAUGGUCUAUUUCCCUGCCCUAAUUAAAAAGUCGUUAUCUGUGUUUCUGUAGUGGUGUGUUAGGACCUAAUGCAGUUCUCCCACACCCUGCCCAGCACAGAUAUGGAUACUCAACUGGAAGGUUUCUAAAAAAAAAAAAAAAAUCUCAAUUUCCUGAGUACAAAAAUUAAUCAAAAGAAAAUAACUUAUAUUUAUUGACCAUAUGUCAACUUCUCACCACUUUUUUUUUUUUUUGUAUCUAGUUAUUUCUGUGCAAUUUAUAUGUUGAUGCAUUUGAUUUCUGUGGAUACAGAGUAAGAUCUGCAUAAACCUUCCUUUUCUAAGCCUGUUUUAUUAGCAUGAAAUAAUCACUUAGGUAACUUUCAUUUUAUUUUUAUUUUACCUUUACAGUGGGUUUGUUAAAAUUAUGUAUGCUUGAACUUGGUUAUUUAACUCUUCUAAUUUGGGCUCAGAUAGUGAGGCAAAAACACUGUAAUUUCAAAAUGUCAGGGAGGAUGUAUGCAGCUUGUGGAGUUGAUAGGUGUGAAAAAGCAGACUUAAAAGACAUUACUUGCUUUGAAAAUCCAUGAUUUGACUUGGCAAUAGCAACAAAUCUGAUGUAAGGAAAGGGGCAGAUUUUUUUUUUUUUUUUCUUGGCUUGCUAAAUAGUUUGAAUUACACUCAUAGACUCGCAGAAUAUCUCAAGUUGGAAGGGACCCAUAAGGAUCACGGAGUCCAACUCUCUGCUCCUCACAGGACUACCUAAAACUAAAAUGAUGUUGUCCAGAUGCUUCUUGAACUGAGAGGCUCAGUGCUGUGACCACGUCCCUGGGGAGCCUGUUCCAAUGAUUAACCAACCUCUCAGUGAAGAACUUUUUCCUAAUGAACUUCGCUUGAUGCAGCUUCGUAGUCAUUCGCAACUGUUGCUUCUGCCCUACGUCCGUGGUUCUUCUCUUAAACAGGAGCGUUCUUUCAAACCAGUGUGAGGUUGGAGCACGGUGCAGGACUUCACAGCCCGUAUUUUAGAACAGCUGCUGCUCCAUAUAGGCUCAUUUUGAUCUGUAGUUAGAGGCUUUUUAGGAAGGUGCGUACAAGGUGAACUUUUAUAUGGUGCUCCGAAGAACCUUUCCAUAAAGGUGUUGUGGUCUUUGUAGACCAGAACAUUACAGAAUUACCUGGUAGCAGUACUUUUCUGAGCUGCUUCUAAAUGAUACUUACCCAAAUUAAUGUUUACAUGUUUAAAGAAAUAAUUGGAUUUUUCAGAAGUGCCAAGCAGCUGCAAGUCUUUUAUGGCUCCAAUGCCUACUCAGAGCAGUGAGUGUUUUAUGGCAACCAGCAAUUGCAUCAUGUUGCCUAAUUUAGUCUCACAUCUCUCUCAAGCUUGACAUCUUUCAGUUCGAUUUCUUAAGAUGGUAAUGGUAGAAGACUAAAUAGAGGAACAACUCACGUUAUGUUUCAAGGAAUAAAAAAAUGUUCUUGCUGACUUUUCACCAGUGAUGUGCAAAGGUUAGAUUAAUGAGGAAUAUUCUUCCCAGAAUUAAUAUUUAGGCAUUGUAAAUUUGCUGAAGGUAUUUUUGUGUGUGUGUGUGUGUGUAAGUUUGAGAAUUAAACAAGAGUUUAUAAACAAAAGGGUAGACUCUGCUUUGGAAAUUAAAGAUGACAAACCACAGAAUCCUACAUGUUCCCUGACUCCUAGCUGGUAUUCUGGGGGUAAAGUGAUCCAGAAGAAUAUAUAUAUAAACCUGAGAUGUUACCUGCUAAGGUAUUAUGUUUGCAGUUUUUAUACACUAAUGUUUUAUCACCUUCUUGGGUACAAAAAUUAGCCUCACAUUAAUGUUUUUUUUACAGUAUUAUUUACAUUUUUUUCCAAACAAGAUGUAAUGAGGAUAAGUUCAAUAAGUCAAGAAAAUAUUGUCAUAUAGAGUGUUAGGAUAAUAGGAAAGGAAGCAGAGAUGCCAUGUUGAAAUCUAGGAAGAAAAAUAAAAUCUUUCAGUAGAAAAUAUGCUAUUUGCUUCUGAAAUAUUGGGCUGCUCACAUAUAAAGCAAUGAUUUCUUUUUCAGUUUUUCACCAUCGGUGAUAUGAAACCAUCGAUAAAAUUGAAAUAGAAAGAAUUACCACAACAGAUUUUCUCUAAAGCUGAAAGUAUCAUUCAGGUCUUGACCCAAAGAUGACAUUCCAAACCUAUUAACUAAUUAAAAAAAUGAAAUGGUGGGACUCUGAUAUUUUGUGUGUGAUGUCACCAGCCUUUAUUUAAGCAGAUAUAUUUUGUUAGCGUAUUUGAAGCAUCAUGAGUUCUGUUUAGGUUAAAACAGAUGCCUGGUAUGCCUUGGUAUUUCUGAUUAAUAUAUCCUGAGGUCUGGUUUCUUUAACCCCUUUGCAAGUAAGCAGGCUGCCGUAACGAUGUUAACUCUUGCCACUUUGUUUUGUAUUACGUGAAGCGUAACAGUUGAACCUGGAAAGGCAUCUCUACCGUUUUGACUUUGUUCAGCGUUCUCAAGGCUAAUACAGAGAUAGAACAUACAAUUAAGCAACUUGUAACUAUAGUGCUAAGUGGUGUUCUGCAUUCUGUGUGCUACAGGCUCUGUUCUGUAUGCUGACACCCAGCAUCCGUGUGAAGUCAAUGAGCAUUUGGUUGGGUAGGAGUGCCGAACUGAGGUUUUGUAGUCCAGAAGUAAUCAUCAAACUUACUUGUAUUUAUGCACUAGUCUUUUCAGAAAAAUAACGCUGAAUGAAUACAUGAUGAAAUUAUGGUGACCUACAUGACUGCAUGCCCUAAAAUCUUGCUUUGUAACGUCUGUUUCAUACUAAAUGUUGGUGUUCAAGUGAGCCUUGUUAGCUAUUUGACAGUGACAGACAACAAUAUUUAUAAACCUGUUAUAAUAAAUGCCUUUUUAGUCUAAGAAAAUGUGUGGUAUGGCAUUUAUAAAAGGGGAAAAAAAAGGUCUCUGUGAGGAUAAAGUAGUGCUCUGCUGCUUCCCUGUGUUAACAGUUCCUUCCUGUGCCAUGGGCUUGAAUUUAUUUCCCUAAAUAAUUCCAUUUAAGUCAGUGAAUCUGGUUACAUCACAGAUUAGCAGAUGUGGGAGACUACAGUUUUUUCCUUUUUCCACUAUCAGACACACAGUGAAAAUGUAAAUAAAUGUAAUCAUCUGUAUUUCAUCAAAAUAUUAACCCAAUUGUCACUUACUUUAAGUAAGUAGAAUGUAUGAGGCUCCUGUGGUGACCUCUGUGCUGAGAUUUUGUAACCUGUUUGAUGCAACUAGAAUCAAGUGCCAAUAUGACAACUUUGGGUGUUCUUUAGCUACUCUCACCACUGCCGCAUUGCUUGGCCAGACAGAGCAGCUCCUGAAGCAGUCAGAACAGGCUUUUGCAGAAAGUGAGAAGACUCAGUUGGAUUAGAGACUGGGAACAGACAAGGAGGAACUCCCGUAACGCUCAGCAAGCUAAAGCAGCUGUAGAAGCUUCUCAAACAGUGAUGCUUCAGUUUCUGAGAUCUCUCAGGUUUCAGCAGGAGUUUUAGCUCCUUGCUGGUGGACUAAGAAGAGUUGGCUCAAGGCACCAAGGGACUUACUGCUUUUACACUGUGUGCUCUGUUCUUGGUAUUGCUGCCCUGCGGUUGCAGGCUGCAGGAAAGGAUGGAUCUCGUGUGUCAGCUACUUGUGCGCUAUCCAAGUGAUCCUAAUCAAUAGAGGCCUUAAAUAUACUCAACAGAGGAUCUUAAUUCUGUUUGUGCUACGUAACAUUUGACAGAGUGGUAAGGCACAAACCUGACGAGAACAAAAUACUCUGUUAACUCGGAUCUCUUUCUAUCCAACUCUUGUUCCAUGCACUCAGGUCUUACUGGUGCUGUGUUUUGCAUGCUGGUCCACUGAGUGAACAUCUUGGUGUUGGUGCUGCUGACUGCUCUGCCUGAUGGCCACACAUUUCGUUCCCCUUGUUAACUGAACAAGGUUCAUAGUUUUCUACGUGAAUCAUUCAAGUAUAGUGCUGCUGAUAAUAGCAUAUACCGAGAUACUGAACGAAGUUGUUUCUGCAGUCAAGUUAGUCACUGCUAUAAUCACUGGGUACAACCAGAGCCAGUGUUCCCAAGAGCUGUUUUUUCAUUUUCUUUUUAUCACUGUUUUGUAAAUUACAUUUAGUUUAGGGUCAUCUCAUUUUAGCAGUUGACCUGCAUAAAAGAUUAGUUUUUUCUUUAGCCCAAUAUACAGAGACAUGUGCCAGUGACCUAAAGAUGCAGUUUAUAUCUUAAUGAUGAACUUUAAAAAUUUUGUAUUUUUUUUCUUUGGUUCUGCUACUAUUGAAAUUAUAGUAGUUUACGUUGAGUAUUUUUAAUUCAUCUGAAGAGGACAUUAUUCUGUCGUUAAACUGAGGUGAAUUAAUGAAGUGAGAUUAACCUCAACUGAAUGUUCAUAAAUGUUUCAGUAACACAGGUUAAAACAAGCCUCUCAAGAAGGGAGAGAGUUAUUUUCUAAAUACACAGGCCAGUGCUGACACCUUGUGGCUUCAUUGCUGAGUUAAUUCAGAGUUUCAUGGGGUUAUUUCAGGUAUAAUUCAUGAUUAACCUGCUGUUGCCAGCGUUGUCUGUCUCCUCUGCUUCAUGGUCACCUCAGUACCCAAUAUUCUGUUAUCCUGUGUAAGAGAGCUUGUAAGUAACUUUGUAACUGUAUACAAUAAGAUAAUAAUUGUAAUUUUGGGCUGUGUUGACUGCACAUGGAGUGAAUAAAAACUAGGAAUGCCUGGGAUCUCCUGAAGGGGACUCAAAAGCUUCAGUUCCAAGCACAAACUCAAGGGUACUAGUGCAGCAGCAGGCAGAAGUUACAAGCUUCUCUCUUACUAGUUAAUACAUCGUUUUAUAUUUCCCUCUACAUAGGAGAGCACUGAGGACUAUAAAUACUUAUCACGUGUCUAUUUUUAGGCACAAACCUAUCUACAUUGACACAGAAGCAUUCCUUUGCUGCCCUCUUCACCCGUGAAGAAGCAUGAAUAGCAAAAAUACAUCCAAAGGGACUGCUGGAGAAUUUCUGGUAGUGUCAGACCCUGAGGUGCACUACUUACCUGUGGCCAUAAAAAUGCCUAAACCACAAUGCGUCUGUGCGAUUUAUACCUAAAUAGGCAUCUAAUCUAAAAUAACAUAACAUUUCAAUUCUUAAACAAAAUCAGCUGUUAAGGCUGCAGUUGCUGUUUGAAAUCUGUUGUGGAAUUAAGGUGUGUGGAGCUUGAGGUGUGUCUUGUAAAGAUCACGCAUCCUCCCUCAGUUGUCACCUCAGAGGUUGCUUUCUGACGUUUAUGGUCAUAUUCUUGUUCUUAAGUGUUCAUGUUGCACUGUGUUUGGUUUUUAAAUUUUUAUUUCUCAUAUGUUUAGUAGUUUAUAAUGAAUAAUAAAACAGAAUGGGAAAGUUUUUCUACAGUAUGGACCAAAUCCUCAGCUUAUGUAUACCAGUAUUUAUAGCUUCACUUAAGCCAAAGAGGUGACAUCAAUUUCUAUUCCUGAAGAACAUGACUGCCUGAGUCUGUUAAGAAAAAUCAAAGGAAUAAGGAUGUCCAUACGAAGAUCUGAUUUGCUGGCAUCUCUGCUUAUCUGACAGAAGGAUUUGUACUCUCAACUCCCCCCCUCCUCCCCGUGUAAAUCUUAAUUGACACUUGCUAAUUGAACUUUAACGCAAUAAAUGCAUUACAAUGA